AUGGUUUUCAAGGCAGUGGGGAACUUUGCCCUUCCAUCUCAGGAGAAUCACAAAACGAGAAUUCUUCUCAAGUUUAUGAAUAUUGGAAGCUCUAGCCAGAAUCCACACCAUGCCAUGGAGAUAAACCAGGUGGCUCUCAGGGAAGGACUGGAGUCAGAGGAAAGUGAUGCCAGGCACUCAGCACACUGCAGCACAGGGAGCAGACGGUCUAGGACUGGCUCCAGAAAGAUGAACCUGAUAUAG